AUGGCGGUUGCUGGUGCUCUAGCCCAAACUCUGCUCGCCACUGCCGGAGUAUAUGCAUUGUACCUUGUCGGUCUGGUAAUCUAUCGGUUGUACUUUCACCCACUUGCCAAAUUUCCUGGCCCCAAAUACGCAGCAGUCAGCCACUGGCAUGAGGUCUACUACGAUGUGAUCCUGCAGGGACAGUUUACGUUCAAGGUACAGGAGCUGCACAAAAAAUAUGGGCCGAUCGUGCGAAUUGUUCCCGACGAGCUCCAUAUUCAGGACUCGGACUUUUAUGAGACUCUCUAUACCAAAGCCGGCCGGGUGGACAAGUAUGAGUGGAUGGCCGGCCGCUUUGGGGAUCACAACUCGGCUUUUGCGACAGCCUCAGACGAGCUUCAUCGCGUUCGGCGAGGCGCUCUGAACCCGCUAUUCUCGCGACAACGCAUCGUUGAUCUCCAAGAUGUGAUCCAGGGAAAAAUCGACAUCCUGGUGGACCGUGUCCGUGAGUUUCAGGCUGCGGGAAAAGUGAUGCCCAUCAAUCGAGCGUUUUCGGCAUUGACCGAGGAGGUGAUCCUGGAAUACUGCUUCAAUCUCAGCUACGAUGCUCUGCGCGAGCCGGGCUUUGAGAAAUCACUACAUGACCCCAUCAUGGCGGCCAACCAGUUCAGUAACGUGUCUCUGCAGUUCCCUUGGAUCCCUGCCAUACUGUUCAAUCUGCCUCAAUCCAUCACAGUGAAGAUGCAGCCGGAGUACGCCCUGUUCUUCAGGAUGCAAGGUGAUUUUCGGAAGCAAAUCGACGCGAUGAAGGCUGGGAAAAUGAAGGAUAUCCUGGAGAAAUCUUCCCACCGGACCGUGUUCCAGGAGCUGAUCGAAGGGAGCCUGCCGCCGUCAGAGAAGGACUCUCUGCGAUUACAGGGCGAAGCUUCCGUCGUGGUCGCCGCUGGUGUUGUCACGACCGGCUGGGCACUGUCCACGGCGGCUUUUCACAUCAUCAACAACCCCACGGUCUUCCAGAUGUUGCGGGCCGAGCUGGAGGCCGCCAUUCCAGAUCCCAGUGUCAAACCCGGCUGGACCGAUCUCGAAAAGCUGCCGUACCUCGCAGGCUGCGUGAAAGAGGCGGUCCGCAUGUCCUACGGGGUGACGGCAAGAGAGCCCCGCCUCUUAUCCAAACCAUUGGAGUAUAAAGGCUGGAUCAUCCCGCCGCGGACGCCCGUGAGCAUGACCAACGUCGACGUCUGCGACGACAAAACCAUCUUCCCCAAGCCCCGGACGUUCCAGCCCGAGAGGUGGAUCGGCAACCCCAAGGCCCCCAACGGGCAGAGCUUGGAAAGGUACUACGUCGGCUUUGGCAAGGGGACACGCAGCUGUCUGGGCAUCAAUCUUGCCCAGGCCGAACUCCACAUGACCCUAGCGGCCCUCUUCCGGAACUUUGACUUUGAGCUUUACCAGACCGACAUCACCGAUCUCGAACUGGCCCACGACUUCUUUGCUCCGAGCCCGCGGCUCGACUCGAAGGGCGUUAGGAUUAAGGUUAAGCCGGCGUAG